AUGGGUAUAUCAUUUGGUACCAACAGAAGAAGAAACAACAACUACUACCAAAAUCCACACUACCCACCUUCUCAACUUCUUUCGUCAUCUUCUUCUUCUUCAUACCCUUAUGCCCCUGGCCCGUCCUAUCCUACGCACCCCCCACCACCUCCAAACCCUUAUGCUACUCACCCCCCACCACCACCUCCACCACCACCUCCAAUAUACAACUCCUACCACUAUCCUAAUGGGUACGGUACGAGCAACUACACAAACCUUCCAAUGGGUCGAUCAAAUUAUGGUCCUUUUUAUGCUCAUCAGCAAAAUGGGUGGAUCGGCGUUCGGCCGCCUCUGGUGGCGCCCCCGCCACUAACGCCGCCACCGUAUGUUGAGCACCAGAAUGCCAAGAAGGUCAGGAAUGAUGUGAAUGUGCAUAAAGAUACGUUAAGGCUUGAAGUCGAUGAGCAGAACCCUGAUAACCACUUGAUUUCCUUUGUUUUCGAUGCAUUAUUCGAUGGGAGGCAUAAAAGGCGCAAGAAUCAGCCUAUGCGGCAAACUCCUCGAGCCCUAGCUUCCACUUCGGUGGUUGUGUCUCUUUCCUUAGUUGAUAUUGAGACUGCCCCGGUAUUGAUAUGGGGAGACAGGUAUCACCCUGGCCAGUCUUUAAAUUUGAGGGGCAGCCAAGGUGGCAUAUCACCACAUCAGGCGCGGACGGGCGGGAAGCUCGACCAAUCAGUUGCUCAAUCCACCCGAGGCAAUGGAUCAGAGGGAAGGGUUAGAUAG